AGCAUUCGGUCUUUUCGUUUCACUGCUCAAUUCCUCGUUCAAAGGAAGCAUAGUUCAAUUAAACUUUAUCCUGUAAAGUCCACAAAAGUAAUUAAUUCAACUGUCUUUCGCUCGAUUGGGACGUUGUUUGAGCGACGUCGCUUUGUUCCUCGUCGCUUAGGACGCUUUCUGUUUCACAAUCGCCUUGCUUCUAGUUUUUUCGCUUCUGAGAAAUUUUCCAAAUUAAAAUUGUUAUAUUCAAAGUCAGAGUUGGCUAGACAGUUUUGUCGCCCAUUUUAUAGACCAAGAGACAACAUGCCUGAAAAGAAACCAUUCCAACGCCUUCCAACCGAUGUGGUACCAGUCAACUAUGACAUCCGCCUUGAGCCAAACUUGAAAACGUUCGUCUUCAAAGGAAGUGAAAAAAUCGAUGUACAGGUUAAUAAACCCACUUCCAAGAUUGUCAUCAACUCGGCUGAUAUAGAAAUUCAAGCAGCGUCCUACCAAGCGGCAGGAGCCUCUGACAAGGUUGAUGCGAAAGUUGACUUCAGUGUCGAAGAUGAGACAGUCACAUUCACGUUUCCUGCGGAUUUACAGGCUGGAAAGGGCACACUGUCGUUGGACUUCACCGGUGAAUUGAAUGAUAAGCUGAAAGGAUUUUACCGCAGCAAGUAUGAAGUGGACGGGGAGGAGAGAUAUGCAGCCGUUACACAGUUUGAGGCAACGGAUGCUCGCCGUGCUUUCCCCAGCUGGGAUGAGCCUGCUAUCAAAGCCACCUUUGACAUCACAUUGGUGGUGCCUGAGAGCAAAGUGGCUCUCUCCAACAUGCCUGUGAUAUCCGAGACCAAGGAAAAUGGCCUCAAAGUGGUGAAGUACUCUAAAACUCCUGUAAUGUCCACAUACCUGAUAGCAUUUGUUGUGGGUGAGUACGACUAUGUGGAAGCCAAGGACGCAGAUGGAGUUCUAGUAAGAGUAUAUACACCGGUUGGAAAGAAGACCCAUGGACAGUUUGCUCUGGAUGUUGCAGUCAAGACUCUUCCGUUUUACAAGGAAUACUUCAAGAUUGCCUACCCUCUUCCCAAAAUAGACCUCAUUGCUAUUGCGGAUUUCUCUGCUGGGGCCAUGGAGAACUGGGGUUUAGUGACCUACAGAGAGACCGCCCUAUUGGUUGAUCCAGAAAGCUCCUCCCAGAGAAGCAAACAAUGGAUUGCAUUGGUCGUCGGACACGAACUGGCUCACCAGUGGUUUGGCAACUUGGUUACCAUGGAAUGGUGGACUCACUUGUGGUUGAAUGAAGGUUUUGCUUCCUGGAUAGAGUACCUCUGUGUGGAUUACUGUUUCCCAGAGUUUGAGAUCUGGACACAGUUUGUAGAUGCUGACCUGGCUACAGCACUUCGCCUAGACGCUCUUAACAACAGCCACCCUAUUGAGGUUCCUGUUGGUCAUCCGUCGGAAGUGGACGAGAUUUUUGAUCCUAUCUCCUACAGCAAAGGCGCAUCAGUGAUAAGAAUGCUACAUGAUUACAUUGGAGAUGACGAUUUCAGGAAAGGCAUGAACGCCUACUUGACAAAGUUCCAAAACAAGAACGCAUUCACAGAGGACUUAUGGGAAGCGUUGGGAGCAGCAAGCGGCAAACCCGUGGCAGCUAUGAUGACUGGUUGGACCAAACAGAUGGGGUUCCCUGUACUUAAGGUGUCCCAGACACAGGAAGGCGACAAGAGGGUUCUGCAGAUUUCACAGGAGAAGUUCUGUGCUGAUGGCAAAAAACCAGCUGGUGAUUCCUUCCAGUGGUUGGUUCCAAUCAGCAUUUGCUCCGCCUCCAGUCCAGGUAAACCAGUCAAAUCACUGGUGUUAGACUCCGCCUCCACAACUGUUACUCUAGAGAACAUUCCACAAGGAGAUUGGGUGAAGCUGAACCCAGGCACAGUUGGUGUCUAUCGAGUCCAGUACAGUUCUGAGAUGCUGGAAUUACUGUUACCAGCAAUCAAGAGCAAAGUCCUGCCCCCCACAGACAGACUGGGUCUUCAGAGUGAUCUGUUUGCUUUGGCCAGAGCUGGUGAGAUCUCCACGGUGGACGUUCUGAAAGUCUCUGAAGCCUUCACAAAUGAGGAGAACUACACAGUGUGGAGUGACUUGAACAAAAAUCUGUCCCAGAUAGCCCUGCUCAUCCAGUACACAGACUAUUAUGAUGACUACAAGUCAUUCUCCAAGAAACUCUUUGGGCCCCUUGGGGAGAGACUUGGAUGGGACACCAAACCAAACGAAGGUCCUCUGGUAGCCAUGCUGAGAGAGCUUGUGAUCACUCGCCUUGGGAGGUACGGACACGAAACCACGGUCACGGAGGCUAAGGCCAGGUUUGAAGCUCACUACACUGGGGCUAAAGUUCUACCUGCGGAUCUGCGCUCACCAGUGUACAUCACUGUGUUGUCACAGGCAGAUCAAGAAACAUUCAACAAAUUCCUACAGCUGUUUGACAAGGCUGACUCACAGGAGGAGAGGGACCGCAUCCAGAGAGCACUGGGCUGUGUAGCAACCAAAGAGCUACAGAGUAAAGUUCUCGACUUCGCUCUAUCUGACAAAGUUCGCUCGCAGGACACCGUGUUUGUCAUCGCUGGAGUGACAGGGAGUGCUCAGGGGAGAGAACUGGCCUGGGAGUUUGUCAAGUCCAAUUGGUCCACACUUCACAACAGGUACAAGGGUGGAUUCCUGCUCUCCAGACUCGUCAAGACCACAACCGAUGGGUUUGCUUCAGAAGACAAAGCCCAAGAGGUUGAGGCAUUCUUUAAAGAGCACCCUGCACCAGCGGCUGAACGAACUGUCCAACAGUCCUGUGAGAACAUUCGACUCAACGCAGACUGGAUGGCCAGAGAUUCCGAGAAGGUCAAGGCAUUCCUCCAGGGGAAGUAACUCAUAAAGCUGUUUCUCCUCAAAAGUCCACGAAAGUUAAAUUAGUGCAUCAGUUAUUCAGAAUGUGUUUAGCUUUUCUUUUUUUCUUUUUUAUAAAGUGAACAUCCAGAAAUCCAAGAUCUGCUGAUGAUAACUGCAAAAAAAUGGUUGAAAAAUGUUGAAAUUGAAAUUAGAAUAUGUGGUUUAAAACAGAAGUUAGCUUCAGUGACCUCUUCAGCUUUCCUGAAGUCAACCUGGGGUAAUUUAGUCCUUCAUUUUCCAAAUUCUAAUAUGAAUAAAUUGGCCUGUCUAAUGUUUGUUAUAGAUAAUAGUCGCUUACUGAACAUAAUAAUGAAAAUGUCCCUUCGCUCCACAAACUCGUUGGCUGUGCAUUAUGUCUACUUCUGGUUUUCUGGGGCCUAAGGGUAUUGGAAAACAAUGUAGGUUACAAAGGGUUUCAAGUUCUGUACAAUGUUUCAAUUCUCUGGUAUUUAAAGUUCAAAUGUUCAUUUUGUCAAUUUAAGGGAUAUUCUAGGUUCAAAGAUCAAAUGUGCAUUUUGCCAUUUCAAGAGAUAUUCUAGGUUCAAAGUUCAGAUGUGCAUUUUGUCAAUUUAAGGGAUAUUCUAGGUUCAAAGAUCAAAUGUGCAUUUUGCCAAUUCAAGAGAUAGGCAGGGUUCAAAGUUCAAAUGUGCAUUUUGCCAUUGUAAAGUGUAGCCUAUAUUCAAAAUUAUUCAAAGCUUAAAUGUUACAUUUUGCAGAUUCAAGGGGUAUGCUAUUAGAGUGUUAUGAUACCGACAGGGUUCAUCUUUGAGAACCUUCCAUAAUACAGUCCUGGUGCCUGAAAUUCACUAAAGUUAGAUUAAUAUAAUUUUACCUUUGUUAAAAAUCUUUACUACUCUCACAUCAAGGUCAUAAUCCAUUUAACAGUUAUACUACCAGUCAAAUUAAUUUAGCUGAAGAGUGCUAUAAUUGUCUCAUCAUCAACAUUAAGUUGGCUUAAUAAAGUGCUUUAUGUUGUUGCACAGAAAUUUUAAAUUGUGAACAUUUUUCGUGUUUUUAAGGUGUUUAAAAUAAUUGCAUAUCCUGAAAGAUUAUAAUCUAUGUGUGACUGAUCAGUAAUAGCUUUUAUAAGUGCUAAAGUUCACACUGUGUACAUUGUAAUGUUUUGCUGUUCUCACCCCGCCCCCCCCCCCCACUAUAACAUCUUCUUGUGGUAACACUACAACAUUAAUGUUUUAAAAUGUGGACAUUUUCUGUGAAAAAAUGAUAAAAGAAGCAAGAACAAUUCCUUUGUUGAAUAAUUCAUGUUUGUAUGUGAAUAAUUAUGGAUUUGAGUUAAAAAUCUAUUUUGUGGCCAACCA